AUGCCAGCAAGCGGGCGUACAAGAAUCUUUUUGCUAUUUUCCCUAUUUUCUAUUGGACUGUUCUCCGAAUGCUUUGCAAGGUAGGUGUUGUUGUCGUAGCAGCCGUAUUAUAAUUGACUGAUUGUGAAGGCUAAUGCCAUAGCGUUUUGAGAGUUUCGAGAAUUUUCUGCAAGCUUUUACCUGCAAGUUUUUUUUCCAAGUGACCUUGCAAUUGCAAGAGAGAGAUAGGCGCGCAAUAACAAAAGACAAGGGUUUGUUGCUGUUGGUUUAUCGGAUUUACAGGUGUCCUUUGCGUGAGUCGUUGGUUUUGAAAAACAUAGAAUGCCUGAAAUCUUGUCAGUCUCAAGAAUUACGGAGGAAAAGCGCCAAAAUAGAAGGAAAUUUUUUCCCGACCACUUUGGAGUUUCGUCCAAGCGAAGUGCCACGACUGAAACUAAAUAUUUUUCGGCCGAAAAUCCUACGAAUUUUUUUUUGUAACAAAGAUUUGGUUUUCGAGAGAGCACACGAAAUGAGGAGAGUGGGACGAGUACUCUGCCGGUAACAUAAAAAUCCAAUUUUUCGUUGGAUUUUUCGAAUUUCGGAUCGUUUAGGCGCUUCGGCCACACACUAAGCAUGUUAGGUACCAACAACAUUUUGGAAGAAUUUUGGCCGACAAAUUUGUAAAAAAUCAACAAAAGUUUAGAGCCUUAUUUUUUACCAGUUAGCAUGCUUGUCUCGUCCAGCAACGAAAAAAGAGAGCCAGAGAUUUCCCGAAACUUCUACUUAUGAAACUCCACAUUUAACCACAAUAAAUGUAUCAUUAUGUCACAUCUAAGUCCUCACGUAUAGCUAUUUAUUUACAAUCUCAUUUUCAGUUUCAUUGAAAUCGACAAAGCCCUAUCGGAUGUGAACCAAAAGAACCGUGAGCUGAACGCAACAAAAGAUGAACAUGGGUUCUUCAGGUUUGUCUCCUCACUUUCUGGAGAGAGGACUCUCCGAUAUCACAAGUUGAAUCCGUCUACUGGCGCUGUGUACAUGAGCAAUUCGUCGUUUGACUAUGCAAAUCACAACGAUCCGUGGCAUUAUUCGGUGAACCAGUUUGGGGAUACGUACCGAACAACCGCUUUGUUGGACUUUUUCAUGGCGAUGAACCCGAUUUACGCGUUUAAGGAGGUGUCAUACCUGCAUUUCCUGUUAAAUAUCUGA